AUGUCUCAAGAAGAAAUAGAACCACAAGAAGAAUUCAUCACUAACGAAGAUGUCGAUCAAGAAAUCGUCCUAACGAAUGAUGGGACCGAUUUGCCACUACCAGAAGAAGAAGAAGAAGAAGAAGAGGUGACAGAACAACAUACUGAACAUGACGGUGAUAUCGCCAUGGGUGAAGCUGAAGGACAAAAUGGAGAAGAUAUCAUAGAGAUAGAUAUGUCUAAUAACUCUGUAUCAUAUUUCGAUAAACAUACAGAUUCUGUAUUUACUAUAUCUCAUCAUCCAACAUUACCUUUAAUUUGCACAGGUGGUGGUGAUAAUGUGGCUCAUUUAUGGACCUCUCAUUCUCAUCCUCCUAAAUUUGCAGGUACUUUACAAGGUCAUACUGAAUCUGUCAUUGCUUCCGGGUUCACAAUGGAUGGGAAAUUUUUGAUCACGGGGGAUAUGAAUGGUAAAAUCUUACUUCAUAAGAGUAAUAAGAGUGGAUCUCAAUGGAAACAAGUUUCUCAAUUACAAGAAGUUGAUGAAGUCGUUUGGUUGAAAUGUCAUCCUACAGUCCCAGGUAUAUUUGCAUUCGGUGCUGCAGAUGGGUCUGUUUGGUGUUAUCAAAUCAAUGAUAAUGGGUCCGAUGAUGUGUCACUUGAACAAUUAAUGAGUGGGUUUGCUCACCAACAAGAUUGUACCAUGGGUGAGUUUAUCAACCUUGACAAAGCUGCCAACGGUGAAUCAUUAGAAUUAAUUUCUUGUUCCUUAGAUAGCAGUAUUGUUGGUUGGAACUGUUUCACUGGUCAACAACUUUUCAAAAUUACACCAGCUGAACUUAAGGGGUUACAAGCUCCUUGGGUGUCUCUUUCAUUAGCACCUUCUAGUUUGACUAAUGGUAAUUCUGGUAUCAUUGCUGCUGGUGCCAAUAAUGGUGUAUUAGCGAUCAUUAAUUGUAAUAAUAAUGGUGCCAUUUUACAAUUAUCAACGGUCAUUGAAUUAAAACCGGAACAAGAAGAACUAGAUGCAUCAAUUGAAUCCAUUGCAUGGUCUCAAAACUUCCCUCUAAUGGCAUUAGGUUUAGUAUCUGGUGAAAUAUUAUUAUAUGAUACUACAACAUGGAGAGUUAGACAUAAAUUUGUCCUAGAUGAUUCAAUCACAAAAUUAAUUUUUGAUAAUAAUGAUUUAUUUGCCUCAUGUAUAAAUGGGAAAGUUUAUCAAUAUGAUUCUAAGACAGGACAAGAGAAAUUCGUUUGUACAGGCCAUAAUAUGGGUGUAUUAGAUUUUGUAUUAAUAAAACCGCAACAAAAUAGUACGACAGGUCUAAGGAGAUUAGUAACAGCUGGUGAUGAAGGUGUGUCAUUAGUAUUUGAGGUACCAAAUUGA